AUGAAUAAGUGGCGAGUAGGGAUUCAAAAAGCUACCAUCCAAGCAGUCUGCAAUUAUCAAUACACUUUUUCUCCCGACGCAGAUAAUAAAGUUGUACAUCUUGACCGAAACAGCAUUGACGCUGAACUUCGCAAGGUAAAACUUUAUCGUGAUGGUUCAGCUUUACGACGAGAGGCUGUCAAGGAAAAGCAAGAAACACCCGUCAUAAGUGUAGUUGAUGGCGAUUGCCUGAUUGAAGCAUUAUCUUUGAAAAAGCAAGGAUUCAACCCUUUGGUAUUGAAUAUGGCUAGUGCUACUAACCCAGGUGGAGGAUAUAAAUCAGGAGCUGGAGCUCAAGAAGAGAAUUUAUUUCGUAGAACAAAUCUUUUUCAAUAUCAUGAACCGAAACGCAACGAAUGGUAUCCAAUACCGGAAUAUGGAGGGAUAUAUUGUCCGAAUGCGAGUGUUAUACGUGCCAGUGAGCAAGAAGCGUAUGAAUGGCUGGAAGUUCCGGAAACCAUGUCGUUUGUGGCUGUAGCUGCCAUAAAAAAGCCUAGAACAGUAAAAAAUACUAAGGGAGAUUUAACGUUAACUGAAGAGGGUAAAGUAAAGACACGGAAGAAGAUCAGAGCUAUACUUAAUAUUGGAUUGGAUAAUGGUCAUGAUGCAAUUGUCUUGAGUGCAUUUGGAUGUGGAGCAUUUUCAAAUCCUCCGAAAGCGAUGGCACAGCUCUUUUAUGAAGUUUUAUCUAAUGAAUACGCAGGUGGUGGUGAAAACAUGCCAAAAACUUUUCAACAUAUUUCUUUUGCAAUUUUCGAUGAUAAAAAUGCAAGUAGACAACAUAAUCCUGAAGGUAAUCUUUUUCCAUUUGAACAAAGAUUUGCUAAUGGAUUAGCAAUUGGUGGAGUUAAAUUGGUCAAUGACACGGCUACAAUGAACAAUCGAUUAGGACAGCGAAAUGCUUCCUCAUCGUCAUCAUCUACCAGAGAACAACAUGGGAAUGAAAAUAAGGGACGUUUCUCCUCUUCCUCUUCAUCAUCAAAUAAUCGAAACUCGGAUUUCAAACGACGAUUCGAUGAAAAGAGUAUUGAUCCCUCGAAAUCACAAAAUUCGACUAGAGGUAAAGGAGGUGGAACUAUGCGACAAACAACAUUACAUGCAUGGUAUCAACCACCAUUAACCCUGGUCCAGAAAUUAGUUGAUAUGGGAUUUGCAGAGCCGGAUGCGCAACGAGCAUUAAAAAGAACCAGAGGAAAAAUCGAAGAAGCGCUUGAGUUAUUAUCAGAGACAAAAAAUGAACAUAAAGAAGAAUCAAUAACUCAAAUAAACACUGACGAACAAUCAAUCAAAUUAAAUAACAAGAGUAUGGAAGAAAAUAAAACAACUGAAGAAAAAUUGACGAAUGAAAUGGAUAUCGAAAUGAAUGGUGAUAAUCAGUCAUGA